UAUGAUAUGGGCGUGUGUAUAUAUAUAUAUAUAUUUUUUUUAACUUAUAUUAAUCUAUGAAUUAUACUAGUGGCUAAAUUAAAAGCUAGAUAUAAAAGUUUUUGCAUUGUGAGUUUUAAAUUAGUACAUGUGAGAAUGGCUGAAAAAUGUUCUAUAGAAAGCUUAGAAUCCUGCCUGGAAAAAUUUAUUCCUUCGGACACACUGGAAUGUAAAGAAAUUAAGAGAAUUCUUUAUGGAAAGAAUUUGCAGGAACUGGAAAUAUCCUCGGAAGCACGUAAUACCGCAUGCAUUAAUAAUUUUGAUUUGCAAGGUUAUAAAUUUAACGCCCAAAUAGAACAGCUGCGAAAACCAAGAAUAGUCAGAGUUGGACUUAUUCAAAAUAGCAUAGUUUUGCCCACCUCAGCACCAGUUCAAGACCAAAUGAAUGCUUUGCACGCUCGUAUAAGCAAAAUAAUCGAGUCUGCUGCAAGCUUAGAUGUUAAUAUUUUAUGCUUGCAGGAGUCGUGGCCAAUGCCAUUUGUAUUUUGUACACGAGAAAAAUUCCCAUGGUGUGAGUUUGCUGAAUCAGCAGAAGUUGGUCCUUCAGUAUCAUUUUUACAGAAAAUUGCUGCUUGUUACAAUAUGGUAAUAAUAUCUCCUAUUCUUGAACGUGAUGAAGAUCAUGGUGAAGUUUUAUGGAAUACUGCAGUUGUCAUAUCUAAUUCUGGCAAAGUCCUUGGAAAGCAUAGAAAAAAUCAUAUACCACGAGUAGGCGACUUCAAUGAGUCUACAUACUACUUGGAAGGCAAUACAGGACACCCAGUAUUUGAAACGCAGUUUGGCAGAAUUGCAGUUAAUAUUUGCUACGGCCGUCAUCACCCGCAGAAUUGGCUGAUGUUUGGGAUCAAUGGUGCAGAGAUAGUGUUCAAUCCAUGUGCAACUGUAGGUGAACUUAGUGAACCACUGUGGUACGUUGAAGCUCGAAAUGCUGCAAUUGCCAAUAGCUACUUCACUUGUGCCAUAAAUCGUGUUGGCACAGAAGUAUAUCCAAAUGGUUUCACAUCAGGAGAUGGUAAACCAGAACAUAAGGACUUUGGUCAUUUUUAUGGUUCAAGCUAUGUUGCUGCACCAGAUGGGAGUCGCACGCCUGGCCUGUCUCGUGUCAAGGAUGGCCUACUCGUUGCUGAACUUGACUUGAAUCUGUGUAGGCAAGUCAAAGAUUAUUGGGGCUUCCGAAUGACACAGCGUUUAGAUUUGUAUGCCGAGUUGUUGACAAAUGCAGUGAAGUCUGACUAUAAACCACUUAUAAUAAAGGAAUGAAUUCAAUUGGCACUAUAAAUGUAUUUGGUAAUGACACACUAAGAGUAAUAUCGUACAUUAUCAACGCAUAUACCUGAAAAAUAAGGUAUCUCUGGAAAUGGUGGUUUUUAACCUACUAUUUUAUUGUCCAAAACAGCAUUUUUUAAUUCCCAAUAAAUUAUGAAAUAUGCUGACCUAACAACCAACAUUUAGCAUUUCACAGUAUUUAAAGUGUUAUUUAAUUAACCAACUUCACUCUCGAAAUGUUGACAUAUACGUGCAGACAGAAAUUAAGAAUUUUCCAUUUAGUGAAAUCAAAGAAUUAUCAUGGUGGAAAUAAGAUUCGAACCUAUCUAUAAUACACUAAGAAAACUUCAAGUGAUUAAUGAUUCCAAUAGUGUAAUUAGGACUGAAACAUUUCCAUGCACUUUAUCAAACUAAACAGAACUAUUUGAGAAUAUUUGAUAUUUUUGGUAAAGUGUUGUGGUUUGGCAAGCCACUCUCUCUUGUAUGAACAAAAUGAACUCAAUGUCACAUUAUUCCUUGUAGGUUGCCUGAUAAAAAUUCAUCCAUGUACUUUAUGUGCACAAAUUGCUAAGUGUUUGUUGUAAAAUUAA